AUCUUUCUUUAUAACUAAGUAUGUCUGUUCCUGAAACAACCACCAAGAUUUUCCUCAAAAACACCCCCGGUGAAGCAAUCAACUUUGAAUUCGGCCAAGAUGAUUCCACCUUUGAAGUCAAGCAAGUCGCACUUGAUUCAAACUUGAAAGAAGGCGAGCUCUUGGUCCAAACCUUGUACUUGUCCAAUGACCCCACCCAAAGAGGCUGGAUUGCCAAAAACAAAGAUUCGGACCGUAUGUACGUCAGACCAGUAGCACCAGGAGAACCAAUGGGAUCCAUGGGUAUCGUCAAGGUCUUGAAGUCCAAUUCCACCAAAUACCAAGUCGGUGAUCUCGCCACUGGGAAAAUCGAAUGGGCAACUUACACAACUGUGCACGAGCAAGCCUUGUUCACCAAGAUUGACACCAGUGCCGGUUUACCAUUAGAGCUCUUCCUUUCCAUCUUGGGUGUUACUGGUUUGACUGCAUUCUUUGGUUUAGUCGAAGCCGGUCAACUCAGAAGACUCCUCGACAACCCACUCAAGGAAGGCGACAAGGCUCCUAUUGUGUGUGUUUCAGCUGCUUCCGGGGCUACUGGUUCUGUAGUUGUCCAAAUUGCCAAGAAUAUCUUGGGAGCUAAAGUCGUUGGUAUUACCGGAUCCGACGAAAAGUGCAAGUUUGUUGAAGGUCUUGGUGCUGACUUGUGUGUCAAUUAUAACAAUCCAAAAUAUAAAGACCAAAUUACUGAAUUUGUUGGUAAGGACUUUAUCGACGUCUACUUUGACAACGUUGGUGGUGAAAUCUUGAGUUUUGUUUUAACCAGAAUGAAGAAGUUUGGUCGUGUUGUUGCUUGUGGUGCUAUUUCCGGUUACAAUACUCCAGUCAAUGUUACUACUUGGAAUGAAAUCAUUACUAUGAGUUUAACUGUGGAAGGAUUCAUUGUUCUCAACUACAGUGACAAGUUCCCUGAAGCUGUCGGUGUGCUUGCCAGUGCUUUGAAGCUGGGUAAGAUCAAGCUUGGUGAUGCAUACCAUGUUAAGGAAUUGACCGGAUCCGACGUUGAAAAGUUGCAACAAGUCCCUAAAAUUUGGAACUUGUUGUUCACUGACAAACCAGUUGGUAAGUUGCUUACUAAGGUGGUGUAAGUAUAUAGUCUUAAUGUAAAUAAGUAUGGUGUAUUAAAUAUACUAAAACCAGGUACAACUUCUAUUGU